CCUGGACCGUUGACGUGCUGGAUCCAAGACCCCAUUUUAUGCCACCCACGUAGACUAUAUCUAAUUAACGCCGGCCAGGUUCUGUCAUCCUUCACUGCCAGUCAUUUCAGUCACCGUGCGAACUAGGUCCCGUCAAUCCUUUAGGCGUGUGUGAUUGAUCUGCCUUGAGGAGCGUCGUUCGUUCCAAACACUUUUCUCCUUGACGUUCAUUCUAAACCUUCUCCUAUUCUUGCCGCUUGGUGCGAACUUCUGGUCCAACAUGAAACUGACAACCGCACUCACGGUCUUGCUUUCGGUCGCGGGCGCCAUGUGCAGCGUCGACUUCUCUGAUGUCGAGGUCUUCGAAUCUCUCGCUGAAGUCCCAUCAGGAUGGCGGGCCGUUGGAGUACCAGACGCUGCCUCUCUUAUGAAGUUUCGAAUUGCGUUAAGACUGGUACGUAUUAACCCUCCUAUUUCUCAUUAGUGGAAGCUACUUCUUGCAUUCUAUUGCAUCGCCCCGUGAACUUAAAAGACUGGAGCCAAAUCCAACUAUGUUUCACCAAACAUUGCAUGACAUUGCCGAUCCAAAGCACGCUCGCUAUGGUCAACACUUAACACGCGAUGAACUGAGGAAACUCGUCAGCCCUCAUCCAGAUUCUCGUGAUACCGUGAUUGCAUGGCUCCGAGCUUCCGGUAUCAGUGACGACGCCAUUAGCGUUGAAAACGAAUUCGUCAACUUCGUUGCUUCUAUCGGCCAAGCCGAGGCGAUGCUCGACACUAAGUUCGAGAGCUACCAGAACAUACACAAGAGAGAUGUUCCGAAAAUUCGAACUUUAAAAUACUCACUUCCGCGCGAGGUCUCGCGUCACGUCGACAUGGUUCAGCCAACAACCCGUUUCGCGCAGAUUAUGCCUGAGCGUAGCCAGGUGUUCAAAACCGAGGUUGUUGGUGACGCACAAAGUGGUCUUGCAGCAGUGGCCGCUGCUAACUCCACCGAUUGCAACUCAACGAUCACGCCACAGUGCUUGAUUGAUUUGUAUAAGAUCAAAGGAUUCACUCCCAGCGGACAAAAUGAUGGCUUCAUUGGCGUUAGUGGCUUCCUUGAAGAGUACGCCCAAUUUGAUGACCUCUCAAAGUGGGCAUCUGUGUACCGCCCGGCUAUUAAAAACGCGACUUUCACGUGGCAAUCUGUCAAUGGAGGUCUCCUCACUCAAAAUCCUGACAAUGCACAACACGAUAGUGUGGAGGCCAAUCUUGACAUACAGUACACCGUCGGCCUCACGUACCCCAUGGAGAAUAAGUUCUAUAGCACCGCCGGAAGAGGUCUCCUUGUCCCGGACCUUGAUCAGCCAGAUCCCAACGAUAACUCCAACGAGCCGUACCUUGACUAUUUCACCUAUCUCUUGAGUCUUAGCGAUGAUGAACUUCCUCACACGAUUUCUACUUCAUACGGUGAGGAUGAGCAGAGCGUCCCAGCGAAUUAUUCCAGGGUCGUGUGCAACAUGAUUGGUCAGCUUGGUGCUCGGGGAGUCUCUGUGCUUUUUUCAUCUGGCGACACUGGUGUAGGAAGUGCUUGUCAAACCAAUGACGGUAAGAAUACGACACGUUUUCUACCGACAUUCCCAGCCUCUUGUCCCUAUGUCACCUCCGUGGGUGGCACAUAUCAGAUCGAGCCAGAAUACGCGGUUAGUUUCUCAUCUGGUGGCUUCUCGGAUCGUUUCGAACGUCCAAUAUGGCAGGAGGAAGCUGUCAGCGGCUACCUUCAGCAGCUUGGUGACACAUGGGAGGGUCUGUACAACCCAAGGGGCCGUGGUAUUCCAGAUGUUGCCGCUCAAGGAAGAAACUUUCGUGUUUACGAUAAGGGUAAGGAUAUUAAAGUGUCAGGCACAUCCGCGUCCGCACCGACAAUGGCUGGUAUCAUUGCGCUCCUUAAUGCUGCUAGAAAAGAGGCUGGCAUGGCUCCAUUGGGUUUCCUGAACCCGUGGCUCUAUCAAGUUGGUAUUGAGGGACUAACCGACAUCGUCAACGGCGGGAGUACCGGCUGUACUGGUAGAGAUAUCUACUCUGGUCUCCCAACUCCAUUCGUUCCCUAUGCUAGUUGGAAUGCUACCGAGGGUUGGGAUCCUGUCACAGGCCUCGGCACUCCUUUGUUUGACAAACUUCUCCAGCUUUCCAUGAUGGGAAACACCCGACACUACAAGCGCUACGAUGCUCGCGUUCAACAUAAACGAUCCAUCAGGACCUUGUAGGCCUGAUCGUCGCAAGAAGCUCUUUGUCAAUCAUCUGAACGUCGGCAUUUGCAAGAGUACUACAGCAAGAAGUCAAAAAAAUAAAUGAUAGUAAUAAUGAAUUUCCAUUUUACCAAAA